AACAACAACAACACAAUACCUAGUAGCGCCCUCUGAUGUCGUGUUGUUACGUUGUAAAAGAAACAUAUAGACUAGAUAUCUAGAUCUAGAUCUUGAUCUAACAUUUAACAGGCAUGCGAUGGAAGUAUUAAGAUCAGAAGAAAACAGGUUCCAUUCUACUUCCACAGACCAGGGCAUGGAAAUUACCUGCAUUGGUGAACAUGAAAGUCAGUUUUAUGAUGGGUGUGAAAGUGCUCUGGAAAAACUUUUCGAAGGCUGCACAAAAAACCCAGGACACGCUAACUUUAUACCUGUAAACACGUUCGGCUUAGAACAUCUGCCUGAAGGUUAUAGGGAUACAAAUGUAUUGCAUGAGCUGGUCAAGGCUAUUGCAGAACUGACUGUGAGAAUACAAGUCAACACAGUUAGUCCAUACCGGCCAGAGUUUUGGCCUGAAUCAACAGUGCCUUAUCCCUGCUUUGGGUUGAAAGAGAGAGAAAUUAUAAGAACUGGAAGUGGCAGAAUCAGAAGUGUUAUCAAAUAUGACAAUGGUUAUAACAAGUUUGACGGCAAACAUAAGAAAGAUCACACAGCGUGUACAUGUCAUAAAUGUCAACAGUCGGACGUGCCUUGUACGAUUUGGUGGGAAGCUGAGCUCCUGACUGCUACUAGCCUGGUAUUUGAUGACGAAGAAGUCAGGAGCUCAUCCUGCAGACUUUUCUACGAUACGCCUGACAGCCCUGUGGUCUCCCUUGACAAAAUUACGGUAGAUAAUGUAAAUAUUGUGGAAGACAGGUGUUUGUUGAUCUGCGUCUCCUGCGAUGUGGCUCUAAUGGAGCGCUUAGAGAAGACGGUGGAGCUCUUUGAUGAGCUGAUGUGGGACGUUCACGACAGGUACAAGGCUAGCAGAGAUGUUGACAAGCUCACGUUUGUGGUGUCCCACCCACAUGGAUAUCUCAAGCAAGUGAGCAUCGGCCAGUGGAAGAAUGUCUACCAGUUCAUUCGACCCAGAAAACUAGUGCUCGAUGAGCCGCCCCUGAAGUUGACCAUCGUCCAUGGAAGGCGGCAGUUUCCAGUCUGCCUCAAGUUGGCGGAGAACGAGAAUGGCGACCGCAUCAGCAUGCGCCACCUUGCGGAGAAGAUCACGUGUGAAACUGGACUCCGCCCUCGGGACCAGAAGUAUUACUACAAGGAUUUAACCUGGGAGAACCCGGACAUGGGCCCCUGGUCACCGGCCCUGAGAGAUAUGGGCAUCAAGAAUGGGGAUAAGAUUCAUCUAGUCAAUUUCCAAAAGCCUUACUGUGAUUGGCAUGAGAUCUCAACACUUGAUGAUAUAGUGAAAGAGAAUGCUGCUUGUACUAAAGAACUACACAUGCUUUUCUACAAGCUGCAUGGCAUCAAUGAAGGUUUUGUGGACGGCAACAACCAAACCAUGGCGUUUAACACUUUGAAAGAAAAGUUUGAAACCCUGAAGUGUACUUUCCUGGAACAAAUUCAGGUGUUGAACACCUUAAACUUUGACCACAGGAACGCAGUGGGCCAGGCCAGAAGGCGCCAACUACUGGACCAGAUACAACGCCAGAUCGACCAGUGCACUGGCGUCAGCAACACCAUUUUCCACAAAUUUGCGCAAGGCCACUACCUGGCCAACGUGGGCCGGAUAUUCCCACGUGACAUUCGCACCAGGCCAUCUUUCAACAAGUGGGCCAACUGAGACCAGAAGUGAUCCAAACAGUCAUGCGAAUGUUUUCUUUUUAUCAGAUAGAUGCAUGCAUAGAGAGCACCAGUACUACAAUGGCCAGGAUUUUUUGAAUAUAAAUAAAUAAAAUGUUGUCGCUUUGACAAACUCGACCAGGAACCAUUUUUCUGUUUCCAGAAGUUUUUGUUUUUUUCUUAUUGUUGAUUAAAAAUGACUAUAGCAUAUCAAUUA